GAAUCAUGUUUUUUUAUUGUUUGGCUGAUAAAUGGUAGAUCUGACAGUUUGAUCUUUCCACAUAACUCUGUGGCUACUUUGCCCAUAAGUGACAGGGGCAGGUGGACCCAGCGAGUUAGAUCGUCUUGAAUGUUUUUCAGUGACGGGGUAUAAUUUAGCUGAUUUGACAGAAUCUUUUCCAUUUGAAAAAAAAUCUUCAAAUUCUUUGUGCACUUAAUGCGUUUAGCUAUUUUAACAGUAUCCAAAUAGCUUUAGCAUUUUCAGCAAAUCCCUUCAACGAUUACAGUAAAUUAAUGUAGCACAUUCAACAAAAAGCAUUCACACUAGCAUUAUCACAGCUAAUGCAACUUUUCUAGUUUUCUUUGUAUUGAGUGUUUUGGGAUCUGGUUGUUAUUUUAACGAUUGUUGUGUUUGUUUUUUACUGUUGAGAAGAGUGCAUGUACAUGUAUACUAGAACGGCCCUCAUGAAGAAUAACUACUGGUACAUCCUAUAGCUAAUGGAGAUCCUUACUAAAACCUUAAACUUUAAGUCCUAUAGGUGUGUGAAAUGUGUAUUCCACCUUUGACCCCUCCCCUGGGGGAGAGGUGAGCUGCAGACACAAACCAUUUGGUGGUUGGUAUGUAGAGAACAAAAAAAAGAAGAUUUUUGAAUGAAGUUAUCUGAAAUCAUGAGUUUUGAAGGGCAAGUUCGAGAAGCAGCAAAGCCGGAAUAACCUCGAGGUGAGUAAUGAAUUCUGGAGAAACAGGGAUGGAGGAGGAGGAGGAGGAGGAGGAGGAGGAGGAGGAGUCAGAGGGAGUAGAGGACGGCGGAGGGAACACAAAGCCUCAGAGAGCAGAGAGGCAGCUCUGCUGAAAGCUUGUCCUCAUGCUGCUCCUCCGUGCGCUCCUGUCCCGCUCCUGCAGGAGACACGUCCAGGAGACGCAGAGGAGCUGAGCAGGAGAACCGGCUCUCCUGGCAGGAGGAGAAGCUGCUCUCUGAUCUCAGGACUGAAACCUUCUCUGUGAAAGGGCUUUCUGAUGGGGAGAGUUGGGUCAGUUUCUGUCUGAGGAACCCCUCCCUCUGAAGUUCUGGACGGCCGCUUGCAGGAUUCCUGGACCCUACGUUUGUUUUGACUCCAGCGUGGACUCCAGCACAGGAGGAGCAGCAGGAGGAGCAGCAGGAGGAGCAUGUACGCUGCACACACAGUGACUCAGAGAAUGGUUCUGCGGCUUGUGCCAUGCUGAGGGGGGGUCCCGCUGUCCUCGGCGUGUUUCUGCUGGUGUCGACGUCCCUCGCCGUGCCCUGCCCCAGAAGCAUCAUCACCAGAGUGGAGACCCUCAUGACAGAGAACCUCCUGCAGAACUGCUCGGACUCCACGCUCUACACCCCCAGCAGCCUGGACUUCAAGCAGAGAUGUCCCGGGACCACCCUCGCAUGCUUCGCCGCCGAGCUCAAAGUCCUCACUGACGAGCUCAGGAUCAGUGGCUGCAAAGACUUCUCGAAGAGUGUUCAGAGACUUGAAACGUUGUCAAAACGGUACAAGGGAGAGACAGACUGUCUUCAGUGUGAGUUCCUGGAAGAGAAGAGCAUCGACAGAUUCCUCUCAAGUCUCCUUUCCACCCUGCAGCAAAUCUGCAGUGAAUCUGCAUCCUGAAGGCUCCUCAAUCCUCACCUGGGAAAGUGAAGGACAUCAGUGUGCAAAGGAGGAACGGGACGGAGCCGAUAACUCAGAUCGGAUCUCUGAAAAAUCCGGAUGUCUGGACGUUGAAGUCCCAGAUGUCGCCGCCUCGUCCUCGGGGGCGUUUGUGGGAGGCCUCAUGGACCCCCCCCUCCACAUCUUCAGUAAAACAGGAUGCUCUGAGAAAAGUUUUAGCUGCGCGUAUAACAUGCUGUUUCUAGCUUUGACCACAAAUCUGGGCUUUAAGGAAUGUUAAUUGAUGUUGUCAAUCAUAUCUGUCAGCAUGCUGGAAUUUAAUGUCCUGAAGCUUCGAAAGCUACAAAUGCUUUUAUGUCUGCAGAUGGUUUUAAUUAAAGGCGUCCUGUUGCUUUUGCUGCUUCGUGUUUCUUGGAUCUCUGUGGGUGAAAUAAAGAACAUUCUUUCAAUAUUA